AUGUCAGCUCGACCGCCGGACGCAGACCGCAAUCAGGCAAGUGCGUUUCGGUCAGUAUUGAUCGCAAGGCUGAGUGCAGCCUGGGUUGGCAGGAAGCGACGAUCUACAUGGCAAGCAACUCCGCCAGUCCACUUGGCUCCCGUUGACUUCUCAGCCGUACAGGGCAACUUGGACGAGAGAGUGACAGAUGCGCUCGUAUGGGAGCUCAUGCUCCAGUGCGGACCCAUCGGCAAUGUCCAUCUGCCAAAGGACAGAGUCUCGAUGGCUCACCAGGGCUACGGCUUCUGCGAAUUCCAGAACGAAGAAGAUGCAGAGUAUGCAGUCAAGAUCAUGAACCAGAUCAAGCUGUUCGGCAAGCCAAUACGAGUCAACAAGGCAUCAAGCGAUAGAAAGCAGGUCGAUAUCGGCGCAAAUCUGUUCAUCGGCAAUCUCGAUCCCGCCGUCGACGAGAGGUUGCUCUAUGACGCUUUCUCCAAUUUUGGCACGAUGACCAAUACAGCCUAUAUCCCGCGCGAGACGGGGACAGGUGCAAGCAGAGGACACGGCUUCAUCAGCUUUGAUACGUUUGAAGCUUCAGAUGCGGCCAUCGAGGCAAUGAACAACCAGUACCUCAUGAACAAACCCAUCACAGUGCAAUAUGCGUUCAAGAAAGACACAAAGGGCGAGCGCCACGGCAGUGCGGCAGAGAGAUUACUUGCAGCUCAGGCUCAGAAGAACUCUCUCAUCCAGCCUGGAGGACCUCGGACGGCCAUGGGCAUGCCACCGCCUCCUCCGCCCAUCCCGGCAGGCUUCCAAGCCCAAGCUCCCACACCUCAGUUCGCUCAACCGCCCCCUCCUCCUGGAUUCGGUCAGUAUCCAGCCGGAUUUGCACCACCGCCUGCUGGCUUCGCACCACCUCCUGCAGGGUUCGGUCAACCUGCCUAUGGCUACUAG